GAAAAAUGAGGUGUUUCUUGCUCUUAAUCAGCCUAUGUAUAGCGUACACACCAGCAACUUCGCAAGGUUUAUCAAAACCAUGCGUGAGAAAAGAAGAUACUAGCGGAAUCCGUUCAAUCGCAUACAGGGGCUGUAUGAUAAAUGGAGUUUGUCAGCCAUAUGGGAAAGGAAUAAAACAGGCACUUUCUUGCAUGGUUUAUGUUUGUAAACGAAAAGGACGUCUAUCUUAUGUGCGGCAUGAAGUAACUGGCUGUAGAUUGAAUCGCAGAUGCUAUGAGUGUGGUAAAAUUAUAAAUUUAAGGACGUGUAUCCGACUUACUUGUACGUAUUCGCCAGUUACUGGAUAUAAGUGGAAAAAGGAAUUAAGAGGUUGUAGGGUAAAUGGAGUUUGUUAUCCAGAUGGGGGAAAAAUACGACAGCCAUAUUCUUGCCUGGUUUAUACUUGUGAGCGAAUAGGACAUGUAUUUUAUAUGCGGCAACAAACAACUGGUUGUUUAUUGAAUUACAAAUGUUACCAGAAUGGUAGAAUUGUGACUGCAAAAAGGACAUGUGAACGAUUUAUCUGUACGCAUUCACCAGUUACUGGAUAUAAGUGGAAAAGGGAAUUCACAGGCUGUAGAGUGAAUCACAAAUGCUACCAGUCUGGUGAAACUGUAGCAGAAAGUGAAUGUGUACUCCUUACCUGUACGAAUUUAUCAAUUACUGGAUAUAAGUGGAAAAGGGAAUUCACAGGUUGUUUAGAUAAAAAUGUGUGUUACAAAACUGGAAAGAAAUACAAACUCAAGCACUGUCGCUAUGGAAUUUGCAAGAAACUCGAAAAUGGAUAUAAUUUUUUCAAAGAAUUCAUGGGUUGUCCAAUAAAUGAUCAGUGUUUACCCGUUGGAACAAGAAAGCGAUUCAAUUGUUUUGAUUUAUAUUGUCGAAAAAUACGGUUUGGGGCUAUCCUCGAAACUAAAUAUAAGGGUUGUUCUUAAGAAAAGGCGGAUGCACCAAUAUAUUCGGACGUAGAGAUACGUAGGAAUCCACAAGAACAAGUUAAUAUCAGUUGUAAAAUUUACACAGAGUGCUUGAACUUGUACAUCAGAUUGAGGUUGAAGUUUUGUAUAAAAAUUCUGUAACCUAAGUGUUAAUAAUAAUUAUUAUUGUGGACAACAAUUUUGGCAAUUCCAUUAGGUUACACGCUUAACAAGCAGUAACGACAAAAGUAAUAGCUAUUGUGACAAGAUAACUUCUUAAUCAUCCGUCAAUGAAAAUACUUGGGUCCGUUUCAUUAAGAUUUUAAAUGUUCAAUGUACAAUCGUCAGUCGAUAAAUGUACAACUGGAAGACAAUAACAACACAGCAACUCGAUUUUCUUCUGUAUAUUUGUAUAAAAGUUUUAUAUUCUUAUUUAUUUUCAAACAAUGUUAAUGUUUAAUA